GGGGGCCCGGGCCCCUCCCCUAGAUUAGCCACUGAAAAUAAAUAUGGAAAACUGCGAAAAUUGUGUUCUGAGAGCAAUUUUAUGUUUCCGGCUCCUGUGAUCAAUGUUUCCAGGUGGGCUGGCUGUGUUGGACUCGUUCGAGUAGGCUGGGCACUAAAACAAAUCCACUGACAGCAAUGCCUUAUGGGAAGGUUUUGGCGGCAAGAACGAGCGACCAAGCGUCGAGCUUCGAUAAACCGGUUGAUGUUUUUCUUUUGAGAUCUUUUCUGUUUGAAAAUGUACAUCAAACAGGUAGUUAUUGAUGGCUUCAAGUCAUAUGCUACACGAACUACUGUUUCUGGAUUUGAUCCGCAGUUUAAUGCGAUCACUGGGUUGAACGGCAGCGGCAAGUCGAACAUACUGGACUCGAUUUGCUUCUUGCUCGGAAUUUCGAACUUAUCUCAGGUUCGAGCAAGUAGUUUACAAGAACUUGUAUAUAAAGGCGGACAGGCAGGUGUUACAAAAGCCACGGUGACAAUUACAUUUGAUAACACAGACAAGAAGCAAAGUCCUUUAGGAUAUGAAAGUUUUGAUGAAAUCACAGUUUCUAGACAGGUUGUGAUUGGAGGACGAAACAAGUAUCUGAUCAAUGGAUGCAAUGCUAACAACACCAGAGUACAAGACUUGUUUCGAUCAGUUCAGCUUAAUGUUAAUAAUCCUCACUUUCUUAUUAUGCAGGGCAGAAUCACCAAAGUGCUGAACAUGAAACCACCAGAAAUUUUGUCAAUGAUCGAGGAAGCAGCCGGAACCAGAAUGUAUGAGAGUAAAAAGCAGUCUGCACAGCGCACCAUUGAGAAAAAGGACACCAAGCUGCAAGAGAUUGAAACUAUUCUUACAGAAGAGAUAACUCCAACUCUUACUAAACUGAAGGAGGAAAGAGCUUCUUAUCUUGAAUACCAAAAAGUCAUGAGAGAAGUGGAGCACCUUUCAAGGCUUUAUAUAGCUCACCAGUUUGUGAUGGCUGAGGAUGUGCAGAAAAAGUCUGGAGUUGAACUGGAAAAUAUUAAACUGGAGAAUGUAAAACUUCGUGACAAAUUAGAGGAGAUUGAAGGGAAGGUUACAGAAAUCAGUGCAGUCAUUUCUGAAUUAGAGAAGAAAAGGACUGCUGAAUCAGGAUCAACCAUGAAAGAACUAGAAAAGAAAUUUGAUGAGGUUUCAAAGGUUGAUGUCAAAGCCAAUUCUGAUUUGAAACAUGUGAAAGAAUCCCUCGCAGCUGAGAAGAAAAAGAAGAAAACUCUUCUGAAAAGCCUAGAUGAUGAUCAAUCUCAACUUCAAAACAAAGAGAAAGAACUAAAGAAGUUGAGUGAUCUUCUCGUCAAGUUAGAGGAGAAAAGUCAAGCAGACAGUGAAGCAGUUAAAGUGGCACAGGAUCAUUUUCAUGCUGUGUCGGCUGGAUUAUCCAGUAAUGAAGGUGGCGAGGACAAAACUCUUGCAGACCAAAUCAUGAGUAAAACAAUCACCUGGUACAAAANAAUGGACAAUGCCAAAAAGGUCACGUAUGACCCUAAAGUGCAGGCUAGGACAGUAACGUUAGGUGGAGACUUGUUUGAUCCUCAGGGAACAGCUACAGGAGGUGCUCGGUCAUCCCAUUCUUCGAUACUGGUCAAACUACAAGAAUUAAACGAAGCACAAGCCACACUGGAAGAAAAGAGCAUAGAGUUACAAAGCGUUAUCAAGGAGCUGGAUGCUUGUAAGAAAGUGGCAGAGAAAUUCCGUCAAAUAAAACAGCAGUAUGAUCUUAAAGUUCAUGAAGCAGAGCUUGUCCAGGCCCGUCUGAAGCAAAGCACUCACCAUCAUCAGCUAGAAGAAGUUGAAGCUUUGCAGAAAACAGUUGACGAACAACAAGAAUUUAUUUCUAAGGCCAAAGACACUAUAGCAGCUGCAACCGAGAAAUGCAAAGAUGUUGAAAACAAAAUGAAGGAAGCAAAAUCUCAUCGUGAGAAGGAGCUGAAGACAGCCGAGGAAGAAGUCAAGAAAAGUAAGAAGAAAGCUGAAGAGUCAACAAAAAACAUGAAAGCGAAACAACAGGAAGUGGAGGAGAUGAAGUUAGAAAUGGAAGAACUGAAGAAUGAAGUCUCUAAUGUAGACCAACAAUUGAAAGCAAUGGAUGACGCAAUCACUAAGGCGGAAGAGCAAGUGGAAAAAUUCACAGAGAUGGCUAAGGAAACCAAGAAAGCGGUCCAUGAGGCAGCUGACGAAUUGAAUAAACAGAAAGAAGCUCUGAAGGCAUGCAACGAGGCCAUCAGCGAAAAAGUCGGCGAGCAAAGAGACUUACAGAAACAAGGUCAGGAUAUUCAGCUGGAGUUGAAGGAAAUGGAGCACAAAGUGAGCAAGUUUCAACGAGACAGUAAAGAGGCUGCUACCAAGGUCGAACAAAUGCUAGAAAAGUACGACUGGAUUUCCAACGAGAAGCAGUUUUUUGGUCAGCCUAACACGGCAUACGAUUUUGCUGCUAAUGACAUGAAAGAGGUCGCCAGACGGCUCAGCAAGCUGCAAGAAACGAAGGAGAAACUUGGCAAGAACGUGAACAUGAGAGCUAUGAACAUGCUGGGAAAAGCCGAGGAGAAGUACAAUGAUUUAAUGAAAAAGAAACGAAUUGUCCUGAAUGACAAAGAUAAGAUUGCAUCGAUUGCAUCGGUCAUCAAAGAACUUGACGAAAAGAAAAAUGAAGCAUUGAGGAACGCUUGGAAGAAAGUUAACAAGGACUUUGGUUCGAUCUUUUCUACUCUCCUCCCUGGGACCACAGCCAAGCUGGCGCCUCCUGAAGGACAAACGGAACUCGACGGCCUGGAAGUGAAAGUUGCUUUCGGCAAUGUAUGGAAAGAGAGUCUAAGCGAACUUAGUGGUGGUCAAAGGUCUCUGGUCGCUUUGUCCCUCAUCCUUUCUAUGCUGCUGUUUAAACCAGCUCCACUGUAUAUCCUCGAUGAAGUAGACGCCGCUCUGGAUCUGUCUCACACCCAAAACAUCGGCCAAAUGCUCAGAGCCCAUUUCAAACACUCCCAGUUCAUUGUAGUGUCUCUAAAAGACGGCAUGUUUAACAAUGCCAACGUGCUCUUCAAAACCAAAUUUGUCGACGGAGUCUCCACCGUCACGCGAUAUGCUCAGUCCCAGCCCACUCGAGACGGAGAUGGAGGCGGGGCAAUUGGGCGGGGCGGGAAAAGCACUGUAAAGAAAAACCCCAACAAGAGAUUGAGGGCUGACGCCCCCUCCCAGCCUCUCACGCCAUCGCAAGGUUAAAAAGGGUUGGGCUCUAAAAAGUAGUCAUCAUGGUAUCAUGUUCCCAGAGAACGCGUUAUCACUUUAUCUUAUCGUGUACAAUAUUAAACUCCCAAGGUACAAGGUUAUUAUAGAAAAUCCAUACUAGAACAAAAUCACGAGGAUUCCAAUACCUCGUACUCAUGUAUAUAUUCAGCAAUUGUUGUUCCCCGAUGUUUUUGUGUUCCUGUACAAUUAAAACCAUCUUUGUUCUAUCGCAA